AUGAGCCCAGUGCGAGCUCCUUCUUCCACACCAGUGCCUGAUUUCAUUUCUGCCCACAGGUGGGGCAAUUGGGAGGAUGGCUUUAUCCUGAAUAUGUUGGCCCCCAGUUUAUCUGACCUCUCUGUAGAUGACCGCUAUGGAGAGGACCAAGAAUUUCAAUUUAACUCUUCGGUUGCUAUGGGGGUUGCAGACUUUGCUAUAAACUUCCCUCUAAAUGCUGUGACUACGUGGAAUGAUCUGGAUGACUUCAAUUGUGUUUUCAAGAGUGACCACAGCAAGCUGGCUGAAAGGGUUCGUGACUCCUGGAAGGAGGAUGCCUUUUUCAGAUACCAGUUUUUCAAUGGUGCCAACCCCAUGCUCGUGAGGCGCUCCAAUUGCCUUCCUGACCGCCUAGUGUUUCCCCCAGGCAUGGAGGAGCUGCAGGCCCAGUUGUUGAAGGAGCUCCAGGCAGGCACUCUGUUUGAAGCUGAUUACUCCAUUCUGGAUGGGAUCAAAGCCAAUGUCAUCCUGUGUAGGCAGCAGUACCUCGCUGCCCCUCUGGUCAUGCUGAAGCUACAGCCUGAUGGGCAACUCUUACCCUUGGCCAUCCAGCUUGAGCUGCCAAAAGUCGGAUCCACUCCACCACUUAUUUUCUUGCCCACGGAUCCCCCAAUGGUCUGGCUCCUCGCCAAGUGCUGCGUCCGCAGCUCUGACUUCCAGCUUCAUGUGUUGCAGUUUCAUCUGCUGAGGGCACACUUGAUGGCUGAAGUGUUUGUUGUGGCCACCAUGAGGUGCCUUCCAUCCCUACACCCUGUCUUCAAGCUUGUGGCUCCUCACCUGCAAUACACAUUGGAUAUUAAUGUCAGAGCCAGGAAUGGACUGAUCUCAGAAAAUGGCCUUUUUGAUAUGGUGGUGAGCACAGGUGGGGGAGGCCACCUGCAGCUGAUGAAGAAGGCCGGAGCCCUGCUGACCUACAGCUCUUUCUGCCCUCCUGACGACUUGGCUGAGCGGGGGCUUCUGGACGUUAAGUCCUCCUUCUAUGCCCAAGAUGCACUGAAGCUGUGGGAAAUCACGUACCGGUAUGUGGAGGGAACCCUCAGUCUCUACUAUAAGACAGACGCCGACGUGAGAGAUGACUACGAAUUGCAGAACUGGUGUCGGGAGAUCACGGAAAUUGGGUUGCGAGGGGCCCAGGACCGAGGAUUCCCCACCUCUCUGCAGUCCCGGGCCCAGGCUUGCCACUUUGUCACCAUGUGUAUCUUCACCUGCACUGGCCAGCAUGCCUCUGUCCACCUGGGUCAGCUUGACUGGUUCCUUUGGAUCCCUAACACACCGUGCACCAUGCGACUGCCCCCACCCACCACCAAGGAUGCAACAUUGGAGACCCUGAUGGCUACAUUGCCCAACGCUAAUCAGGCGAAUCUCCAGGUGAACGUUGCCUGGCUCCUGGGCAGACGCCAGGCCAAUAAGGUGCCUUUGGGCCAGCAUCGAGAGGAGUACUUUUCAACACCUGAGGCCAAGGCUGUGCUGAAGAAAUUCAGAGAGGAGCUGGCUGUCCUGGAUAAAGAAAUUGAGAUGCGAAACAAAAGCCUAGACAUACCCUAUGAGUACCUGCGGCCCAGCCUGGUGGAGAACAGUGUGGCCAUAUGA